CUUCAACCCUAAAAACUGUUGUUUUGCCCGAGGUUUUUUGUUAAUUUAAAAACGUUUAAAACCGCGGAAAUACUCGCGAAUCCGCUCAUAAUCCGAGAAUCCACAGAAUCGUCACCAUCCUCGCCUUCUGGACUAUUUUGUAAAGUGGUGUGGUGUAAUAAAUAAUUUGCUGCUUCAAGAUGACGGUGUUAACACGAGAACAGUAUCACAAGUUCGAACAACCGGAAAUGCUACGCCCUGCACAUACCAAAAGUCUGCCUUCAGGGCCUAAGCUGUGGUUGCUCUUCAUUAUUGCAUCUCUAACUUUUGUAGCGGUGAUGAUUCUGGCGGGGGGCGUUUUUGCGAAUCUGGCUCCGUUUAUCUCGGCAUUCGACUCCGUUCGAGAUGAACCACCGCCGCACACCGAGUAUGCCCGGAUGGCUCGCUAUCUCGUGCAUAAAGCCGAAUGGGUUUCGAUGGGCUCGCUUUCCAUCGUCCCCGCCAUCCAGGGCUUUCCGAUGGUGAACAUCAUCUCCGUAGCGGACAGUGCUCGAGGAGAAAAGUCGACCGGCGUGCUGUACUUUUAUCUUACGAUGCUCGACUACACGGCACAGGAUCUGAGCAAAGACAACCGGCUGACGGUGAUGAUUUCGAUGGACCAGGAUUUGGCCUGCACAAAGCAGGGAGUCGAUCCGAUGGAACCGACCUGCGGACGAUUGAUGAUCUCGGGCAGCGCAAUUAAAAUUGAACCCUCAUCGGAUGAGUUUGCGUUCGGCCAGGCGGCUAUGUAUAGCCGGCAUCCGGCGGCCAAAAAGUGGAUCGACACCGAUGGACAUAACUUCUUCCUGUGCAAGCUGAACAUCGUUCAGAUUGCGGUGCUUGACUUCUACGGUGGACCGCACUACGUAACCCUCGAGGAUUACAUGGCGGCGGAUCCCGAUAAGCAGCCAGCCGUUGACGACAGUAGCGAACGAAGCGUUCCAGCUCGGUUCAGCACCGUCGUUUCAAGAACAACAACUGAAGUGCCAUUCUAUUCCUAAAAGCUGUGACGAAGCGAAGGCCAAAGAAAAGGCAGAGAGCUCUAUUUCGAAUCAAAUCUCCUACCAGACCUCGAGUGCACAUGUUGCAACACUCGACUGAUAAUCCGCGCUGCAACAGACGGGAGGCGUUGUGUAAUAUGCUGACCACGGAUGACCAUCGAGUUGUAUGUAGAUAGCAAUUGUGAUAACGCAACUUGAGGGAACUGUGCAUUUUUUCCAAUCAUUAGGCUUUAAUGUGGAUGAUGUUGUGAACAUUUUUAUCAGCGAACAAAUACAUUUCCAAUAAAUGUACAAAUCUGGCAAUUUUA